CUGUCAUCCAUAAUUUCAGGUACAACCAUGAAGAUACACCUCAAUAUCCAACCAACAUCGCAUUACAGCCUCCUUAGCCAUCGCCAAAUCCUGAAUAUCUUCAACCCUAGAAGCCUAGAAGGUUCAAAAUGCUCGAAAUGCUUUAUGGCGAAUCGGAGAUGCGAAUAUGUUAUCCACAACGAACUGUCUGCAUCAGGGUAUAGUACAUAUAUAUAGGAAGCGAUGCAGUCGCUUACUUUCUGAUCCUUCUCGUAGCUAUGUUGUAUGAUAGUCAAGAGUAAUAAUAACAUUCUUGAGGCCACUUUAUAGAGUAUAUAUUGCAUUGGUAUCACGCUCUUCGAAAGAAUCGAUUUUAUUCUAUUUAUUCUUAUACUACUAACUUUCAAGAUAUCAUGUUGAUCACUCUACUGAUGCGAACCUUUCGCUCAUCAAAAGAUCCCAACCAAAAGGAACCAGAGAAGCCAAAGAAAGCCGAAUCGCCAUGUCAACACCAGAGAGAUUCCACAAACAAGGAAUCCAGUAUCGUGGUUGCAUAUGAAACUGACAAAAAGGGGAAAUGCCUUCAAUGCAAGGCCGAAUCACGCAAAGCUUCGAUAUAUAGGUGGAAACUUACGACGUGUCUCAUCCUUCCCUACGCCCUUCAAGCUUUAGACGUUACUAUUGUCGCCAGUGCUCUGCCCUGGAUUGCUGCCGACUUCGGUGAAAUUGCUCAGUUGAAUUGGAUAAUAUCAGCUUUCAACUUGACAUCAGCAGCAUUCAUCCCCUUUUGGGGCCAGAUGUCCGAUAUAUUCGGGAGACACUGGGCUCUACAAAUAUGCUCCUGUAUCAUGCUCGUUGGCAGCGCCAUCUGCACGGGGGCCCCGACUAAUGCGUUUGGCGCAUUUAUCUUCGGUCGAGCUCUGCAGGGCGUCGGUUGCGCGGGCCUGAACAAUAUCAUCCGGACUAUAUUGGCCGACAAAGUUACCUUGCAGGAAAAUGCGAAGAACUGGACGACGUUCGCCCUCACGGGGGGCUUAUGCUACGGCAUAGGACCGGUAAUCGGCGGCUACCUCACUGCUGCAAACUGGAGAUGGUGCUUUGGUAUAAAUCUACCCAUCGCCUUCGUCGGUAUUCUGAUCGUGUUCUUUUUCCUUCGCGAUGACCUCCUCGGACCCCAGCCUAUCCCUGAACUGGACGAGUGCGAGGCUGGUCGACGAGAACGCUUUGCCAAGCGAAUGACGACCAUUGAUAUCGGCGGACAGCUCCUUUUCUUGUUUGGCUUUGGACUCCUAAUUCUAGCAUUCACCUGGGCUGGUGCGACUUACGAUUGGAACAAUCCUGCCGUGCUGGUUCCUCUUGUCAUCGGCACCCUACUGGCGUGUGCUUGGUUGUACUACGAGUACUCGAUGGCUCCUGGUGGGAUAAUGGCUCAAAAGCUGCCCUUCCAAAGACCAAUGGUGCCCUGGAAAUUGAUGAAGAAUCGAAAUAUUAGCCUCUUAUGCUAUAUCAACUUUGCGACGGGGAUGGCCAUGUAUAGCGUGCUUUACUUUGUCGACAUCUACUUUACAAUAGUCAAGGGCUUCACGUCUGACCAAGCUGGUGUCCAGUUGCUUUAUUAUACACCGGGCCUCGGAGCUGGUGUAUAUAUAUCGAUGAUUUUAUGCAACGUUUGGCCACGUCAGACCUUCUUCCCCCUUUUCCUCGGGUCGGUCAUUGAAGCUGUUGGUAUCGGUAUGAUGGCCUGGGCUCUAUACUUCGAGCAUACCCCGACUAUAUAUGGCAUGAUGGCACUUACCGGCGCGGGCACGGGAUUACGAUUUAUGCCAGGCAGCCUUCAUGGUAUCGGAUUCUUUCCGAAGCACAUUUCCAGCGUGGUUUCGAUAACGGGUGUCUGCACAACUUUUGGCGGUACUAUUGCUCUCACUAUCAUGUCCACCGUCUUUAACAACACGUCUGGCAUCUCGCGCAGCUCUCCGUUCCAAAACGAUUAUAACGCCAUACAAAACCUUUCGGAUGAGAUAAAGUACCAAGUAGUCAAUGGCGCCAAGAACGGAAUUACUUGGGCAUUUGUUGCAUUGACACCUUUCAUGGUCAUGUGUGUUAUCGCAGCUGCCUGUCUGGGUAAUGUGACCAUUACGAAGGACUCGGGCGAUGGAACAUCUGGUCGUCGCUUAACUCAUGGCUCCUAUUUGCUUUCUUUAAUAAAUAAGAACCAAAAGCACGAGGAUGGGAUUGUUGAAGGGGAAGUAUAACAUAAUGAAAGUUUAGGUGUAAAUCGAUUGGAUUGUAUAGAGGAUUGGGCUGGUGUUUUGUGUAUAUAUGGAUGAUUACGUAUACCACUGUUGCGUUGUGUAUUUUUUACAUCAUGAUAGGUACCUGUUAGAUCGUCUAGAUAUAUGGAUGGAUGAGUCAAAAUUACUUGUUGAAAGUUCAAAGUAAAAUAAAAUAAAUAAAUAUUAGGGGUGUAACUA